UUAACGGUAGGUGUUGUCUUCUCUUUCUUGGACGUUCCCCCUCGCCAAGAUGACCCAAAACAACCUCUAUUCAAUCUUCAUCUUCUCCUAUUUGUUCGUCAGAGUCAGAUUUUGUUCAUCUCUUAACCUAAAUUUUAAAGCUUGUCAGCCCACUACCUGCGGUAACCUAACCAUAAGCUACCCUUUUUACAUCGAAGGCCGACAAAAAUCCUUUAGUGGAGGCUCGGGUGUCGGCCUUUCUUGUUCCGAUAAUGGCCUUCCCAUCCUCAAUAUCUUCGGCAUCCAGUACUUCAUCCAUGAAAUUUCCUACACCAACCAGUCAAUUCGAGUGUCGGAAGCUGCAACCUUGUCGUCAAACAGCAAUUCAUGUGUGAUUCCUCGUAUUCACAACAUAUCCCUUGACGUAACCAGAUUCAGUUUCGCUCCGAACCAGAUGGACCUAUUCCUGAUGUUCGAAUGCAACCUGGAGUCGCUGCCAGAAUAUUUUUCCAAGUACAGGAUUGGGUGUUCUGCACAAAACGAAGCGACGUCCGUUCUGGCCAUAACAGAGGAGGGUGAGGAUUUGAGGUCGGCGUCUGAGAAAUGUAUCGGUGGGGUGGCGACAACGAAAGUGGAAAAGAAUUCCAAUAUUGAUGGACAAGUCAUGAGAAGAGGGUUUCUCUUGAAUUACUAUAAUGACGCGGAAUGCAGUUCAUGUCAGGAGACCGGAUGGAAAUGUGGCUUCAACGGGGACCCUGAAGGUUGCAUUUUCAAAUGCUAUUGCCCAGACAGUGAUCCUGAUUUGAAAUGUGGAUCCGAAUCCGGACUCGGACAUGCGUUCGCCAACAAAAUUAUAGUAGUUGCAGAAAAUCCAUCGCCGGUGAUAGAAAAUUCACGGCCUGGCAGGAUGAAACUUACAAUAGGCAUAACAAGUGGAACAAUUGGUGGAACAUUGCUAAUAUGCAGUAUUAUUUUUUGUUGUAAAAUCAAAUCACUGAGGCAGAAAAUAGAGUUCUUUAAGACAUCAAGGGCUGACCAAAACAUCGAGGCAUUCAUUAGAAACCAAGGACCUCUAGCUCUUACAAGAUAUAAAUUUGCGGAGGUGAAGAAAAUGACCAAAUCUUUUCAAGUUAAGUUGGGACAAGGUGGUUAUGGUGCUGUAUACAAAGGAGAACUACUCAAUGGUUGUCCUGUUGCUGUCAAGUUAUUAAAGUCAUCAAAAGGGAACGGGGAAGAAUUUAUCAAUGAGGUUGCUAGCAUCAGCAGAACUUCCCAUGUCAAUGUUGUCACCCUCCUUGGAUUUUGUUUGGAAGGACACAAAAAGGCUCUCAUAUACGAGUUCAUGUCCAAUGGAUCUCUUGACAAAUUUAUUCAUGAUAAGGUAGAUAAAACCAGUCCAUCUUUGACUUGGGAAAAUUUGUACCACAUUGCAAUUGGAACAGCUCGAGGGCUUGAAUACUUGUAUAAAGGAUGUAACCCACGAAUUCUGCAUUUUGACAUAAAGCCACAUAAUAUUCUUUUAGAUGAAAGCUUUUAUCCUAAGAUCUCAAAUUUUGGGCUUGCAAAGUUGUAUCCAAGGAAAGAAAGCAUCAUUUCAAUUACAGAAGCUAGAGGAACCAUAGGAUAUCUUGCUCCGGAAGUUUGGAAUAGAAAUAUAGGAGGAAUUUCACAUAAAUCUGAUGUUUACAGUUAUGGAAUGAUGCUAUUAGAUAUGGUUGGAGGACGAAAGAACAUGAAUGAUGAAGCCAAUUGCACAACUGAGAUUUAUUUUCCAGAUUGGAUUUUUGAGAAACUUGAGGAAGGCAGCAAUUUGGGAGAUGAUGGGGCCAACGCCAUGGAAGAAAAUGAUAUUGCAAGGAGAAUGACGAUUGUGGGUUUGUGGUGUACUCAAACAUUUCCGACUCAAAGACCUACAAUUAGUAGAGUUAUUGAAAUGUUAGAAGGAAGCUUGGAUUCUCUUCCAAUGCCACCAAAGCCUGUCAUGCCUUCCCCUCCAGCAAGAUUAGAACUUGAAUCUUCCUCAACUGCAAACACAGAGAAACUCGAUCUCGAAAGCUCUUCCCUAAUGCUAGAGAGACACUAGAACUUGGAAAAGUGGGGAAAGGUGUUGAAAGAGUUUCUUAAAUAUGUCAUUAAAGUGCAUUGAAGUUAAAGCCCCUAAAAUCAUGAUAUAUACUUUGCAUAUGGAUUUUUCAUUUCUUCAUAAGCCUAUAAGUUGAAAAUGAUUUCAGGAUUAUCAUUUGUUGUAAUUAAAGGAAGUACAUGGGUUCUUCGUAAAUGCCCUCAAAUCUGUACUGUACAUGUCUUCUCCGCCCCCCAAAUCUUCCUCUCCUUGAGCUAAUUCCAGAGGGUUUAGGGUAUCUCUCUAGAUUUUCUUUCUUGGGACGAAAAUGGUGGAUUCUGAUUCUAAUUAGGGAACAUAUAAAUGUCAAUACUUGCAUUAUUGAUUAGAUG